GAGGGUUAACUUAACCGCCAUAAAAGUAAACAAUGUAAGAAACAGUCGCCUUUUCUUUAUUAAUUAACUUUCAUAAUAAAGUUACUCCAUUAACUUUUACAAUUUAUUUAAAUCUUUAUACUUUAGUGAUCCAUUAAUUAACUGUCAUUAAAAUUAAUUAUUUGUAUUUAUACCAUUAACUGGCAAUCCUGUGAACUACAGCUGUGUAACUCCUUCAAAUCAGUACGAAGUGUAUUUAAAGCUCUAUCUUUCACGGCUAUUUACGGUAACUGAUGAACCAUUUAGGAAAUUAAACUCAUUAGAUUAAUUAUUGGCCAUGAAGAGUCAAAUUUUAAUUUGUUCUCAGGAUUAAUUUGCAAAUGGUUUGACCAACGGACAUUUUUUGGACAAGGAAUAAAGAUUUGACCGGUUUAUGGGAUUGAGAGGACUUCAUCAAGCUUGUAUACCACAAUGACAACAAGUUUAUGGCCUGUUUUGAGUUUGAUUUAUUGCAAAGGAUUAUUGGAUGACCAGCAAAAGAUAGGAGACUUAUAAGCUGAUCAAAAUCUAAUAGGAUUUCAAUGCUUGAUUCUUGAUGUAGAAAAUCGUUCUCGCUUAGUUAUUUGGAUAUUCAGUUCGAGGAUUAAAUUCAGUCUGAAUUAUUAUUCAUGAAGUAACAAAAUUUAACAAAGACAACAGCGUUAGCGUGUAUCGUGAUUCUGUGAUGUUAAUUUUGCACCUUAACUGGAUAACUUGUAAUUUCACUAUGUCACUACUAUCAAGCACUUUCUUGAUAAUUACAAUUUCAAGCCCAGAAACCUAAAUUUUGAUUCAUUGAGCAUUCAGUGACCUUGAAGACGUUCAUCAGUAUAUUUAUAGAUGUAAUAACAAACAGUGAUGAUAAUAAUUUGAGUGUUAAUAUAUGUGAGUGAAUACUUUGCUCAAAUUUGGCCAUAAGUUUUCACCAGUUAGUUUAUUAUUACAACCAUUAUUAUGCUGAUGAUUGUGAUUAUUAUUACUGAUGAUGCUGUUGUUUAUCUUUCACAACUCAAAUUAGCACACCCUUGACUUUGAAUAGAAGUGAAUACAAAAAAAAAUAGAAUGGCAUAGUUUAAAUCAUUAUCAUCUUUGUUGUUGAUAAUGUCUCCAAAAUUAAGGAAACUUCCGCCUUAACACGCCUUGAAUAAUGUACAUUAACCAUCUUCUCAAUCACUUGAACCAACUCUACUAUCAUCAUCAUCAAUAUUAUUGCUUCUUCAUUUUUCCUACCAUUUUCUGGUCUUCCUUUGACUCUUUGCAAUCAUCUUCAUCUCCACAUUGUUUCAUUCAGAAAUUCAAAUUUGAAACAACUUUGAUUUGUUUCCAUGCAAACAUUUCAACAGCUAUUAUUGUAAACUAAUUGAUAAACAACUAGACUAAAGUGUGAAUAAUAUUGGAAGAAAAGGUUUAAUUCAAAGCUGAACAUGAUAACCAUUGAUGGAUAAAAAAUGGGCCAACAAUGAGAUUCAAUCAACUGUUUAAAUUGUGAUUACAUUUUUGUUUUAACCAAUUAGGUGAAUCUUUAUUGCCAUAAUUUAUGAAGGUAAAAAAAUCACAACUUCAAUGUAAAUGUAAUUGCAUCAACAAUUGAGGGUUAACAGUGAAAAUAAAGAUUCACUGGAGCUUGAAAUGUUGGUUGUAAUACAAGUUAAUAAAUCAAUAAUUGAUAUCAAUACCAAUUACUUGAUUCGGUUAGUUGAAAAUUUUGAUUAAUCCUUAUUGAUAAACAAUCAAACUAAUUGAUAUUUGCAUAAAACUGUUGACACUUAAAAAAUGGAAUGAAAAAAAGAGAUGAACAAACAAAUAGAUGAAUGAUAAAAAUAAACAUAUUCCAGGUGAACUUGCUUUAAUCUUGCCUGUAAAUCGCUGCUCAGAAUAACCGUUUCAAGAUGUAAAUCUUUCAUUACAUUAACCAUUAUUGAUUAAUAAAUUGUUUGGAAAUCGAGAAGAGACAAAAGUCGAUGAUUAAGUUGAUGAAAAAAAUGUAAAAUUACAUAUUAUUUGCUCAAUUCCGUGAAGCAAAAGAUGGUGAAGAUGUAAAAAUAAUUGGAGUGAAUGAGAUGAUAAUAGCUUUUACAGAUCACUUUCAGCUUAAAGUUAAAGUAAGGCCAAAAAACGAGUACGUGAGCUUAAAUUGAGGUACAUCAUCAUCAUGAUCAUCUUCCUCUUCAUCUUCAUCUUCCUUGAAAACGUUAAUACGCAUAUCAGCAACAAGAUUGAACAACAUUGGGCACAAACAGCAACACAAACAAGACAAAAAAAGCUAACCUCGCGCCAUUGAGCGUACUAACCUCAUUCUUACCUGUUUCUUUACUCAUCCUGUCCCGGUCAUCUUCUCCCUCUCUCGAUUCAUCAUCAUCAUCAUCAUCAUCAACUCCAACAACUACAGUUACUAAAGCAACUUGAGCAACUACAGCAACUCCAGCAACUUCAACAAAUACAGCAACCAAAGUCUAAAUCAGGCAUCAUUAUUGGCUUAAACUUUAGCCCGUUCUCAACUGUGUUUUUCCCUCCUUCAUCAUCCUCAUCAUCAUCUCCUUCGCUCAUCAUGAACUCUCCAAGUAUUGUGUUUACCUCAAUAUUUAUCUCACUCACUCUCAUCUUUUAGUGUGUGUUGAUCAUCAUCAUGCUGUUUUGUAUCAACCGAUCAUCUCUAUCCUUACCUUUAUCAAACCUUAUUGUCUCUAUAUCAUCAUUUUAUAAAGUCAAUUUUUAACCAUUUUUUUACAUUCUAUCUGCCGAUUGUCAUCCAUUAUUUGGCUUACUUUUCCCAUCAAAACCCGAUAAUUGCCAUUCACCAACAUUGCUAAUCAAAUUUAAAUUUCCCUCACUUAACCUUCUUUACCAGUUUGCUUUUGUUUUUAACCAAUCACACUUUUCCAGUCUCUUGUCUUUCUUUAUUUUCCAAAGUUUUCUUUCUUUUGCUUUUUUUAUACCAAUUCGUACUUCUUAAUUGUUUAACUUUAACUGUUAAAUGUUUCGACUGUUAAUUUAAUUUAAUUCCAAGUCUUCAUCGCUCCGAAUGACGCCCAUGAUUUCAAACAGUUUUCCCCCAAGAUAGGAUGUUAAUUGUUAAAAGAGUGCUACUAGUCACAGUGUUAUUGAUCUUCACUUCUCUUGACCAAGUCAACCUAAUACGACCCUUUUCAAGCCGUUACUUUAAGGAUACAUCAUCUUCAUCAACCUUUUCUUCCUCCUCUUCAACCUUUUCCUCUGCUUUUAAUUCAACCACAAAUAAAUUGGCAGACUGGAAAUUUUGGUUAGGUAAAUUGUCACAAUUAACUGGACCUGAUAAGGUUGAUGAUGAUCAAAAGCAAAUAUCAACUCUAUGGAGUAUCCUCAACAUUGCUCGAUACGUUUUAUCAUUUCCACAGCAAUGCUUCUACCAGGGUGACUCUUUUGAAUGUGGUUUGGGAGUGUCCUGCUGGAUGUCAGGUAAACGUCCUCUAGAUCUGUGCAGUGGUGGAGUCCUAUGGAGUUGCUGUGUUCCGCAUGAUGUUAAAAAAUCAUCAGCUAAUGUUAUUACUGAACCAGAAUGUGGUCGAACUUAUGCUCGAAAUUCAAAGAUUGUUGGUGGAGCAAACGCUCGCUUCGGUGAGGUUCCUUGGCAAGCUGCCGUUGUUAAAAGACAAUAUUUCAACCAGAAAAUAUCUUGUGGUGGAGCUUUAAUUAACAACAAAUGGGUUGUCACUGCUGCUCAUUGUGUCUAUAAAACUCCAGCAACUAAUUUACGUCUUCGCCUUGGAGAUUACAAUCUUCGUGGACAAACGGAAAAAUUUACCCAUGAAGAGUUUGGUGUUAAACGAAAAGUUGUUAAUGAAGAUUACAAUCCCGCCACUUAUCAGAAUGAUAUUGCUCUUCUUGAAUUAUCACAUGAGGUUGAAUUUAAGCAGCACAUAAUUCCUGUCUGUCUUCCAGCUAAAGGAGAAAAUUUUACUGGUUCAAUGGCCACCGUAACUGGCUGGGGACGAACCACUUAUGGAGUUCCAGCGUCUUUAGGAGUCCUUCAAAAGGUUGAUGUUGAAAUAAUUGAUUCAAAUACGUGCCAACAAUGGAUGAAAUCGGUAGGACGAAGGGAAACUAUUUAUUCCAAUAUGUUAUGCGCUGGAUAUAAGGAAGGUGGAAAAGAUUCCUGCCAAGGAGACUCUGGAAGUCCACUUACUUUCAAAUCUGAUGGUAAAUCAGUGUUAAUUGGCUUAGUUUCAUGGGGUGUUGGAUGUGCGAGACCCAAUUUACCUGGAGUUUAUACACGAGUUUCAGAGUAUGUUGAUUGGAUCUCAAUUCACACUAAAGACUCAUCCUAGAAGAUUUUCUUAAUUUUUUUGCUCCGUAAUUUCGUAAACAAGUCAAACAAGUCAAAAUACCGAGCUCAUUUCAUUGAUUAUUAUACAAUCAUAACCAAUCCUUGUCAUCAACACAAUCAUAAUCACCACCGUGACCAUCAUCAUUAUCACCACCAUAAUCACCAUUUUCAUUAUAAACAUAAUUCUCAUAACAAAAAAGCCUUUUGAAUUCAAUCGACUUCACAUAGUGAUCAAACCAAGCCAAGAAUUCGGUUAACAAUGUUGGUCCAUCUAUCUAAAUGAACUUUUCAUUGAAUUAACCAAAUAGUUAAACAAUCAACACUGGUGACUGUUUCUUCUUUAAAUCAAUUUUUUCCUUCAUCAACCACAUCUCGCCAUCACCAGCUCAAUUGUCCCAUCGUCAUCAUAAUCAUCAAUUUUGUCUACUUCUUCUUCACCUCAUCUUCUUGUGGCAUUUUCCUGAACCUUUUUUUGUUGUUAAUAAGAAAUCAUCAAAUCACUAGUAAAAUGAAAUUCAAAAAUCUUGAGAUGUGAUACUCAAUGGAUUUAUGUAAAAAGAUACCCAAAAAUGAUCACAAUUUUCGUAAAUUAGUUGUUAUUAAAUUAGAUUUCUAUGCAUUUUUUUCAAUGAAAACAAAACCUUUCACUUUGAGUUGACCUCAAUAAUAAAAGAAAGAAACAAUUCUGAA